GCCAAAGGGUUUUCCUGGAAGAGUGAGAACAGAAGCCCCAAAAUUUUAGAGAGAGAAGGGGAACGGAGGAAUUCAGAGAGAACAAGCGACAGAGUGAGAAGAUAGGGUUCGCGGUUUCGCCCUGGAUUCAGUCUCGACGGAGAAAGCCGGCCAUUGGAAGGGCUUCUUUACUGGAUCUGCUGGUUGGUGGGAGUUCAAUUAGAGAUCGGACUCAUUUCUGAAGCCUUUGGCGAGCAGUUUUGGUCUGCUUUUUUCUUGUUUUUCUUCCUCGUGGUUUUUAAGCUAGGGUUGUGUUCACGGAAAACAUGGAGGAGACGAAGCCAUCAGCUACAAAUAAUUGCCAUACCGAUGGCGAACCAGACACUGUUGAAGUUCAAUUCACAGAAUUAUGUCAGAAUGGAUUACGUCUGGAUGAGAGUUGUUGUAAUCAAGCGUUGAGGUUAUUUAGAGAAACCAAGCACCUUUUGGUGGCGAAUAUAUCAGCAAUUGGGAGUGGAAUUCCUGAAGAAGCCGAACGUUUUUGGUCUGCUUUUGUUUUAUAUUCUGUGAAGAGGCUGAGAGAUAAGGAUCCAGAGAGUUCACAUUCAGGACCUGAGAACAAUAGCUUCACUUUAUGUCAUAUAUUGAGAAUUUGCAAGCUGAAUAUUGUAGAAUUUUUUAAAGAGCUGCCUCAGUUUGUUGUUAAAGCUGGUCCAGUAUUGAGUAAUAUCUAUGGUGCGGAUUGGGAAAAUAGACUAGAGGCAAAGGAGUUGCAGGCUAACUUUGUGCAUUUGAGCCUCUUAAGCAAGUACUAUAAGCGUGUCUACCAAGAAUUCUUCUCCACCAGUGAUGCUAAUGUUGACAAGCAGUCAGCUAAAUCCUGCCAUACUGGUUACUUGUCUGAUUACCAUCGUUUUGGAUGGUUGUUGUUUUUGGCACUUCGUGUACAUGCUUUCAGUCGUUUUAAGGACUUGGUGACCUGCACCAAUGGUUUGGUUUCCAUUUUGGCUAUAUUAAUUCUUCAUGUUCCUGUUCGUUUCAGAAACUUCAACAUUCUUGACUCUGAACGCUUCGUUAAGAAAGGAGGAAAAGGAGUGGACCUUCAUAGAUCACUUUGUAAUGUCUAUGACACCUCAGAGGAAGAACUGAGGGAAGUGAUGGAGAAGGCCAAUAGUUUGAUAGAAGACAUUUUGAAGAAGAAGCCUUGUUUGGCUUCUGAGUGUAACAGUAAAAGCUUGGAGAAUAUCGACACUGAGGGUUUGAUAUACUUUGAAGACUUAAUGGAGGAGGCAUCUCUUUCAUCCAGUUUAGAAAUUCUAGAAAAGGACUAUGAAGAUGCAAUUCGUAAUAAAGGUGAGCUUGAUGAGCGGGUGUUUGUUAAUGACGAAGAUAGUUUACUUGGGUCAGGCAGCUUGUCAGCAGGUGCUGUUACAAUGAAUGGCAUCAAGAGGAAGUUUGACUCAAUGGGCUCCCCUGCAAGGAUGAUGACUAGUCCAAUGUCUCCACUUCGCUCUCCUUCUUCACAUGUUAAUGGCACUCUUAAUAGUGGCAAUGCAAAACUUGCUGCCACACCUGUUAGCACAGCUAUGACGACAGCAAAAUGGCUCAGAACUGUUAUUUCUCCACUUCCAGCAAGACCUUCAGCAGAGAUGGAGCGCUUUUUGGCUUCAUGUGAUAGAGAUGUAACUAAUGAUGUAGUUCGUAGGGCACAUAUAAUAUUAGAGGCCAUAUUUCCAAAUAGUGCUCUAGGAGAACGUUGUAUACCUGGAAAUUUACAAAGUGCAAACCUCAUGGAUAACAUCUGGGCAGAACAGCGACGACUAGAAGCACUGAAGUUAUAUUAUAGAGUUCUGGAAGCAAUGUGCAGAGCAGAGUCUCAGAUGCUGCAUGUGACUAAUUUGACCUCUUUGCUGACUAAUGAGAGGUUCCACAGAUGUAUGCUGGCUUGUUCUGCCGAAUUGGUUUUGGCCACACAUAAAACUGUUACAAUGUUGUUUCCUGCAGUUUUGGAGAGAACUGGCAUUACAGCUUUUGAUCUUAGUAAGGUGAUAGAAAGUUUCAUUAGACAUGAAGAAUCACUUCCUAGAGAGUUGAGGCGACAUCUUAAUUCGUUGGAAGAACGGCUAUUAGAGAGCAUGGUAUGGGAAAAAGGUUCGUCAAUGUACAACUCCCUGAUUGUUGCUAAACCUUCCCUUGCUGCUGAAAUAAACCGUAUGGGUUUAUUAGCUGAACCCAUGCCAUCUUUGGAUGCGAUUGCUGUUCAAAUUAACUUUUCUGGUAGUGGGGUAUCAACCAUGCCGAUUCUGCAAAAGCAUGAGAGUUUGCCAGGUCAGAAUGGGGAUAUAAGGUCACCGAAAAGAUUGUGUACAGACUUAAGAAGUGUGCUAGUGGAACGGAAUUCCUUUACUUCUCCAGUGAAGGACCGUCUCCUGGCGUUCAGUAAUAUUAAGUCUAAGCUUCUACCACCUCCUUUACAGUCAGCAUUUGCAAGUCCUACUCGGCCUAAUCCUGGAGGAGGUGGCGAAACGUGUGCUGAAACUGGAAUUAGCAUAUUUUUUAGCAAGAUCGUCAAGUUGGCUGCUGUUAGAGUAAAUGGUAUGGUGGAAAGGUUGCAGUUAUCUCAUCAGAUCAGGGAGAAUGUCUACUGCCUUUUCCAACAGAUACUCAGUCAAAAGGCAUCAUUAUUAUUUAAUCGUCACAUUGACCAGAUCAUCCUCUGUUGUUUCUAUGGCGUUGCAAAGAUAUCUCAAUUGAGCCUCACGUUUAGGGAAAUCAUUUACAACUACAGGAAGCAACCACAGUGCAAGCCACAGGUCUUUCGCAACGUGUUUGUUGAUUGGUCUUCAGCACGUCGUAAUGGGAGAUCUGGACAGGAUCAUGUGGAUAUAAUUACGUUCUACAAUGAAAUAUUUAUUCCGUCUGUAAAACCUUUGCUUGUUGAGAUUGGCCCAGCUGUUUCGACCAUGAAAACCGACAGAGUUCCUCAAGUUAUCAAUAAUAGUGAUGCACCUUGUCCUGGAUCACCUAAGAUAUCUCCUUUUCCAAGUCUUCCCGAUAUGUCUCCAAAGAAAGUAUCUUCAGCACAUAAUGUUUAUGUCUCUCCAUUAAGAUCAUCAAAGAUGGAUGCGUUGAUUUCACAUAGUUCUAAAAGCUACUACGCAUGCGUGGGGGAGAGCACUCAUGCGUUUCAAAGCCCUUCAAAAGAUCUCACCGCCAUAAACAACCGUUUGAAUGGUUCGAUUAGAACACGGAAACUCCGAGGCACGUUAAAUUUUGACGACGCGGACGUUGGUUUGGUCAGUGAUUCUCUGGUGGCUAACAGCCUUUACCUACAAAAUGGAAGUUGUGGAUCAUCUUCCGGUGCACCAAUUAAAUCUGAACAACCGGAUUCUUAGCUUACAAUUUUUCAAACCCGCAGGUACAUAUUUUUAUCUAUCCAUAUAUAUAUAUAUAUAUUAUAUAUGUUCUCUCUUCUCCCCUCACUCUCUUUGCCUCUAAAGUUGUAUUACCACGGGGGUAUUGUAUUGAGCGGUGAGUUAGUGUGUAGAAUAGCCGCCACCACUCCCCUUUGUUUUAGGCACCCAUCUGAAAUUUGUAGUUGGCUAUAAUUAUUUAGUUUAGUUCAAUUUCAGCUGUGUUCAAUUUGAGCAAUUUAAUUCAUUGCAGCCUGUUAUAUGAUAAUCUAUUACCAUUUACCAGCAAAUGUGCCAAUGAUCUAGGUAAGAUAUUAUGUAACAAGGAGUAAUGUGUUAGUGUCAUUGUUUUUCCCCUAAGGUGUACGUUGAUACGCGAAUUCGGAUGAAGAACUGCUAAUUUUUUUUA